AAUAAUGACAGACGAUAAAGAGAAGAGUCAAAAGUCAAAGACAGAAACAUUGAAAAUUUCAGUUUUCCUACUUUUUUAUUUUAUCUAAUGAAUAACUAAAUUAUUUCUAAGAUGUUAUCCAGAAAUUUUCUAAAACUGCGUAGGUUGUCUAGAUUACCGUUUGACUCAAGGGUCUACUCACAUAUUUCUGAUAAAAUGUCUUUGAAAUAUGAUAGAGUUUCCGUUUACAGAUCCGUAGCAACAUCUGCCUAUUCAUGCUCUUAUCAGAAGCAGGACUCCCGGAACCCUGGGUAUAUCCGGAGACCAGCAGUUAAUACAAUAAGCCGUGACUUCCAGCCAAAGCUUUCUAAUGAAGAACUGCUAGAGAAACACAUGACCAGUUUAAGUACAGAUCUUCACCUAAAAAACCGAGUAUACAUGAAUGACCUCACAAGGGUGUUGAAUAAAAUAAAGGAAACAAAUUUUUCUACUAAAAAACAAGGUUUGUUUUUAAUCCGGUGCUGCACGCACCUUCUUCCUGAAGAAUCGGCCGCCAGCAGAAUGGAGCUGGUCGAGGAAAUAUGGAAUAUAUUGAGAUCUCACACCAAGUUUGACAUUGACCAUUAUAAUGAGCUGUUGCGGGUGUAUAUUGCAAACAACCGAACCCUGAAUGCCGCCUCCUUUAUUACGAAAAUGUCUCCUGUGAAACCAAACAGCAAGACCUAUGAAUUAUUGCUCAGGGCUCUGGGAGAGGCAGGGGAUAUAAACCAGGCAACUGAGGUUAUAUCAAACAUGAAAGCUCAGGGGCUGCCGGCUACUGAAAGCAUUUUCAACUCCCUCAUUGUGUGCCAAGGAAAAGCUGGAAACCUCCAAAACAUAUCUGAAGUAUUAAUAAUGAUGAAAUCUUUGAAGAUUGAUCAAACCAUAGACACUUGUACAGCUAUAGCCCGCGCGUACGCUUGGAACAGAAAAGACAAGCAAAUGCUUGAGGAAAUGAAUAAAACCACUGCUCUGGGAUUGAGUUUUGAUGAGAAACACAUUAUGGAGAUUGUGAAAACACUAGCAUUUUUGUCUCACUAUGAUCCUAUACCUAAGGUGCUGCAAUUCCUGCCAGAAUCUACACUGAAGUGUCCAUCAAUAUCUUCGUACAUGCAGAGUGUGUGCACCUUGCUAGUGUUCCAGAAUCAUCCACUACCUGCGUUGGAGAUCUAUAAAUGUUUACCCCUGCCUUCAUUUGGGCCUAGAGACGAUACGGGCUUGCAUGGCCGGAGCUUAGUGAGGGAUUGUGUGAAAGCUUCGCUGUCAACAAGCGUAAUCACCCUAAUAACUCAAGAGCUGAUGUCAUCGGGGCGCAACAUCAUAGCUCUGCAGUGCGCUUGCGAGGCCGCACUACAAUACGGCAAGGUGCCCAUGGCUCUGGACCUCUUCAUCAGGAUGAGACAGAUGGGCAUGCCGAUCAGACCGCACUACUUUUGGCCUAUACUGCUGCAUAGCUCGGCUAGCUAUGGGGAGAAAGGAAUAAUGAACACACUAAAGAAAAUGGUCGAAAUGGAGGUCCCAGCAGACUUCGAGACGCUCACAGACUACGUCUUACCCUACGUGUCUCUGAGCUCCCCGCAGAGCCUCAUGCGCAAGCUGCGGGAGUGCGGGCUCGGCGCCGCGGCCGCGCUCGCGCCCGUCGCGCACACGCUGCUGAACCAGGGACAGCUGACACACGCCAUGGAGAUAGUUGAACUAUACCAAGGCAAACUUGACGGCGAAAAGCUAAUGAAGCCGCUCCUCAAAGCCUACUUCACAACGCUAGACACAACCUCCACUGCCUACCUUCUAGAAGACAUAACCAAGAAGGCGACAGAGAAGGACAAAGACUGGGUUGGGAGGUUCCUCUGCGAACACAUACAGCACAAGAAAAUGGCGGCAGACGUCAGCGAUUUUGUUAAGAUGCUUAAGGAAAUCAAAAAGAGAAACCUCAAGAUAUCAACGUCAGCCGCUGACUUCUGCCUCACGCGUCUCCCCCCCGACCUGCCAGCCAACACUGUGGACGUCAUCAAGAGCACCCUCGUAGAAUGCACUGAUGAGAGGAUCGUGGAUGAACUGGAUACUGUGUCUGUGCAGAUGCCUCACCCAAAACACAUGAACGAAGAGUCCCUCCGAGCCCACCUCAACGAGCUCGAAGCGAAGGGCAUGAACACACGGGGGGUGCUGCGCAAGCUGCUACAGAGAUACUGCCAGGAGGGCAACCUCAAUGCAGCCAGGGAGAUUAGGGAGAAGUGCGAGAGGGAGGGGAUUUUCCUGUCAGCCGGUAUGAAAGCGUCAAUAUUCGACCUGCACGUGAAGCUAGGCGAGCUAGAGUUGGCCGAAAUGAGUCUCGCCGAGCUGAACAAGUCUUCGCCUAACUUCAGUCUGGAUGAGUACAAAGUGAUCGACUUUGCCACCCUAAUGGUGUAUCGCGGCAAGAUACAGAAGGCUAUGGAUUUGAUUAAUGACCAGAGUAAGAAACGCCGUAUAAUAGGCGGUCGCAGCAUAGAGCUAAACUGCUGGCGGCUGCUCGACGCGACCGCGGCGCACGGCAACGAGAGAGAGACACGGAACAUGUUCAACACACUCGUCAAUUACGGGUACUGCAAGCCAAGUAAUACGAUAUUGGGGCCUUUGAUCCGGGUGCAUUUGAAAAAUGACAAAAUCCAAGAAGCUCUAAAAGAAUUCACCGAAAUCGCAACAAAGUAUAAGAAAACACCCCUAAAACACGAACUGUUGGUGAGGAUCCUGACCCUUAUGAGCGAUGGUCAUACGGAGGAGAAUUUCCUGAUCAAUGAGAAAGCAAAUAGCAAACUGAAUAAGCAUUUGCAGGCCUCACUGAACAUGAUUAAGAAAGUGCAUGGGGCGGGCGAUGUGCCGCUAACACUAAUAGCAGCACUAGCCGAAGUGGGCUACAAGAAAACUUUACGCAAACUCCUCCUAGACCCGACUAUGACCUUCCAUCCAGAAGCCUUACUUCGUCGCUGUGAGCGUUUCGCUCAUGAGAAGAAGCUAGCUGCGCUUGAAGCGAUAGCCGAGUGCGCGCGCGAGCGACGCGGGUUCAAUGUUGAAGAUAUAUAUGAGCUGAUUUUGAGCGUUCAUCAACGCGACGACAACGUCCGCGACGCACUAUCCCUGUGGAACAAGAUGCAAGAGAACGACAUAUCACCGUCACCCAAGUUCAUAGAUAUUCUAGUCAACAUGCUCAAGGCAAACAACACGGAAAUACCGACAGAACUAUCCAUGUUGCAAGUCAAAACCAGAACCAAGGCCUCUAACAAGUAACCGGAAGUUACUGUAAUUGUGAGUAGAAAAAGAAGUUAGAGUGACUGUGUUCGUUUUAUAGCUAAAUUAUUGUGAAUUAUAACGUCCUCACUUGUCGUAUGUUUUUAUAAGCAAUGCUAAUAAAGAAAGGAAUGUAAAAUGGCGGCCCGUUCUAUGUAAAAUGAAAUCGAUACUUCUGCAAACCACGGUUGCUAGAUAAGCGAUAAAAGGGCGGUGUUAAAAGAGUGGAAUAAUUAAGCCGCUAUGAAUUCGUUUCUUUAUAGACGCGGCUUAUAACAAGUGAGCCGAAAUGUUGCAAGCGUAAAUUAUUAAGUUUAUAACUGUGAUAUUACGAUUAAAUUAUUAGUCCUAUUAAUUGUUAAUAAAAUACCAUUAUUAUUAC